AAACAUCAAAACACUUCUCACAAUCGUUUACACAUACAGCUAUCGCUCAUCUUUAUAAAUGUAUCGAUAGAAAGUAGAAAAUUCCGCCACAAAUAAACGGCGUCUGGGCUAUAUUGUGUUGACGAAAUGCCGAUUGGAGUUUUUAAAACUGUGCGCGAAGUAAGCAGCGAAGAUGCGGUACAUGUAGCUGCAAAUCUGUUGCAAGAGAAUGCCGCCAAAAAGUGGAAGACGCAAGCGAUCGGCGAGAAAUCGGCUCAUGUUAUUCUUGAGUUCGAGGAGCCGCAACAGAUUACCGGCAUAGAUAUUGGCAACGAGCACGCUGCCUUUGUUGAGGUGCUGGUUAGCAAGACGGGCUGUCAGCUGGAUGAUUUUAAGGAACUUCUGCUCUCCAGCUCAUUUAUGACGCCCAUUGAGAGCAAAAAUUCCAGCAAUACAAAUCGCGUGCGCUGCUUCAGCACCGAAGCUCUGUGUCCCGCCGCGCUGACAGACAAAUGGAAGCUAGUGAAGAUUGUGUGCACGCAGCCAUUCAAUAAGCAUGUACAAUAUGGCUUGUCCUUUGUUAAGAUGCAUGUGGCGGGCAGUGUAAAACCAAAAUGCUUGGUGCCCGAUAAAUUUAAGCUGGCGGCCCGUCCCAAUCCUACCUCCAGCCCUACACUGGCUGCCUUGGGUCGUUUUAAGCUGCGCGAAGAGUCACCCGAUUCGGAGCCGGAUGGCAAAGCUUCACUCUCGCUUUUUCAGCGCUGGAAGGCAACCAGAAAUGAUGAUACCAGCACGGCAGCUGCCAUACGAGAUGCCGCCUCGCCGGCUGCACUGCGUCGCUUAAGCGACACACGCCCAGCGCCCAUUAAAGUGCCAGCAACACAGGCCAACACUCCGUCGAAGGCGACGCAGGCAGAAACUAAGCUCUUGGAUCGCAAUCGUAACUCACUACUGUUUGGCGACGAUGAGGACGAAGAUGAUGCGGCUGAAGCUGUUGCAGACGCGAGAAAGCAGCGCUUGAGCAAACACAUUGAGGCGGAUAAGAGCAGGCGGCGCAUAGAGCUAGAGAAGGAACUCGAAAAGAAGAAGGACAAAGGCAAGCGUCUGUCUAUUGAAAAGCCAGCUGCCAAGCAGGAUGAGCAGCUUGAAAAGAAGAUAGAGUCGAAGCCAACGGCAGCACAGGCACAAAAGCGACUUUCGUCCUCCCUCGAAGAGCACAGCAAGCCAGCCAAAAAGCCAAAAAUCAAGCAGGUGAAAUAUGCGCCAUUUAAUCAGCUGCUACGUGGCGUUGUGCUCGUCAUCAGUGGCAUACAGAAUCCAGAUCGUGCAGAUCUGCGCUCGAAGGCCAUAGCGCUGGGCGCCAAGUACAAAGCGGACUGGGGAGCUGGCUGCACGCAUCUAAUCUGCGCCUUCAGAAAUACGCCCAAAUACAAUCAGGUCAAGGGCGAGGGUAAAAUUGUGACGCGUCGCUGGAUUGAAAAAUGUUACGAAUUGAAAAAGUAUUUGCCCUGGCGACGUUAUGCAUUGGACAAUGCGGAAAUGGCUCAGCCGGAGAGCGAUGAAGAGCUGUACGAUGAGUCGCUGAAGCCCACAGUGGAUGACGAUGAUGAUGAGCAUGACAAGGAUGCCAGUCCAAUUGCUCUGGCUGAAAGAGUGGGCAACAACAACUGCGUCGAGCUGGAAUCGUCUGGACCCGACACAGAGGACGAGCUCGAACGAGUGGCACAACAAAAAAAGAAAUUGAAGCAGACAAAUGAAUCAACGGAGAGUUCAAAGUCAAAAUCUCUGAAUAUUUACGAAGUUAGCACAGAUGAGGAGGACUAUCUACAGGAAAAGCGAAAGCAGUUAUAGUUAUAAGUUGUGCCAAGUAUUGUUUAUUUUAAUUAUGUGUACAGAUAAGUUGAUAUUUUAUUUUUCAUGUAUUA